CCCCCGUGAUGGCGGAGGACAGCGAGUCUGCGGCCAGCCAGCAGAGCCUGGAGCUGGAUGACCAGGACACCUGCGGCAUAGACGGCGACAAUGAGGAGGAGACCGAGCACGCCAAGGGAAGUCCUGGAGGGGAUUUGGGAGCGAAGAAGAAGAAAAAGAAGCAGAAGAGAAAAAAGGAGAAACCAAAUUCUGGAGGCACCAAAUCAGAUUCUGCAUCUGACUCCCAGGAGAUUAAAAUUCAACAACCUUCAAAAAAUCCAGCCAUUCCAAUGCAGAAGCUUCAAGACAUCCAGAGAGCAAUGGAGCUGCUCUCUGCAUGCCAAGGCCCAGCAAAGAAUAUUGAUGAGGCUACCAAACGUAAAUACCAGUUUUGGGAUACACAACCUGUACCUAAGCUUAAUGAAGUUAUAACUUCACAUGGUGCAAUUGAACCAGAUAAAGACAAUGUCCGCCUAGAGCCAUAUUCUUUGCCACAAGGUUUUAUGUGGGACACACUGGAUCUUAGCAAUGCUGAAGUUCUGAAGGAGUUAUACACACUAUUAAAUGAGAAUUAUGUAGAAGAUGAUGAUAAUAUGUUUAGGUUUGAUUAUUCACCUGAAUUUCUUCUGUGGGCAUUACGUCCUCCAGGCUGGUUACCGCAGUGGCACUGUGGGGUUAGAGUGUCUUCAAACAAAAAACUGGUAGGAUUCAUAAGUGCCAUCCCUGCAAAUAUUCGUAUUUAUGACAGUGUGAAGAAAAUGGUAGAAAUCAAUUUUCUGUGUGUCCAUAAGAAACUGAGAUCUAAACGGGUGGCACCUGUACUGAUUCGGGAAAUAACCAGAAGAGUAAACUUGGAAGGAAUUUUUCAGGCUGUUUACACUGCUGGAGUGGUACUUCCCAAACCUGUGGCCACUUGCAGGUAUUGGCAUCGAUCACUAAAUCCCAGAAAAUUGGUGGAGGUGAAAUUUUCACAUUUGAGUAGAAACAUGACUCUACAAAGAACAAUGAAGCUCUACAGACUUCCUGAUGCCACAAAGACUUCAGGUUUGAGACCAAUGGAGCAAAAAGAUACUAAAGCAGUACAAGAGUUAAUCAAUACUUACUUGAAACAGUUUAAUCUUGCUCCUGUGAUGGAUGAAGAAGAGGUGGCCCACUGGUUCCUGCCUCGGGAUCAUAUUAUUGACACUUACGUGGUAGAGGGUUCAAAUGGUAUUUUAACAGACUUCCUCAGUUUCUACACAUUACCUUCAACAGUGAUGCAUCAUCCUGUUCAUAAAAGCCUCAAAGCUGCCUAUUCCUUUUACAAUAUUCAUACAGAGACUCCCCUGUUGGACUUAAUGAAUGAUGCACUCAUUAUAGCUAAAUUGAAAGGAUUUGAUGUGUUCAAUGCGCUAGACUUAAUGGAAAACAAAACAUUCCUGGAAAAACUCAAGUUUGGGAUUGGAGAUGGAAAUUUGCAGUAUUACUUGUACAACUGGAGAUGUCCAGGCAUGGAAUCUGAAAAGGUUGGUCUUGUAUUACAAUGAGAACGCUUAUGUUUCUAGAACUCUUGAGGUCAUCAUUUGAGUUAAUUUGAUCUCCAUAACUCUUGAAAUGGUAUUGUUCAAGAGGAGUAAAAGCACAACGUCAGUGAUACUGAAAUAGUCCAUUAAAUCUGAUCAGUGAAGACAUCCACAUGUGACCAAAUUUAUGCAUUUUCAGAUAGAUCAGACGGUUCAUGAAACUCUUCUAUUGUCCAUGAAAAGAAUAAAAAGCACAUUCAUUUAAGUUUCAAAGCUUAGCUUGCACCUGGAUGAGAAGAAGGUAUUUUUUUCCACUCUGUAGAAAAGACUGUUUUGUACAAACUGAACUUCAGUGGUGGAUUAGGGUACAAAAAUAUUUGCUAUUAUGUGGAUGAACUGCUGCAUUUCUAUUUAUUAAGUGGUGAUGUAUGUAUAUCAAUGUAACAGAAUGAAGGAUACAAACUGGAGUAUCUUUGCUUAUUUACUUAACAUGGAUAUCAUAAUUUGGGGGAAAAUCACAAAGUACGAUGCGUUUGUAGCUCUGUGAAAGUCCUGGAUGUUUUUGUAACUGGAGCAGUAUGACAAUGUACUGGUUUAACUAGUGCAUUUGUUUCUCCAUAAGCAACGCUGCCAAAUCAAUAAAAAAUACAGAUUUGUACUUUGA